CGCACAUAAAAGUCGGUAGAGCGGAAAAAGUACCCAUUAAAUACAAGUGUAUCACAAUGGGAACGUUCAGAAUUGAAUACUUACUCUUAAGUAUCCUUGUGAUUGGUGCUCAGUGCACAGAUAUUCCACACUGCGAUUUUUUCGAUACGGUUAAGUUAAGUGACAGUGAAAAGUUGUCAAAUGGAUCGUAUAUAUAUGAGGGCGUCGUUAUUCCCGCCAAACUAACAGGAGAGUAUGACUACGAGAUUGACUACGAUGGCGAUACGGUUUCGGUUCCCAAUCACAUUCGUGGCUGUGUGUGCAAGUUGAAGACCUGCAUCCGGUUCUGUUGUCACCCCAAAAAGCUAAUGGUGGGCGACGAGUGCUCCAAAAACGUGUAUAAAAACCUUACCUACGAAUACCUUCUGGAUAUAACGCAACUCGACGGAUCAGUAAUAAAGAAACACGUCUUGGAGGACAUGGUCGUGCAGCAGGAUCUUCCACUUCCUUGCGAGAGACACUAUUUAUUGGAUGCGGAGGGGAGCAAGUACGAUAUGUGGUCGCUAUAUGAAAAUGGAUCCUUGUUCCGGCACUUCGAUCAGCAAUUUCUCUCAAAGCAGGAGUUUUGCUUGCAGCCCUAUCCGACAAGUACCGGGAAGAACUACCUACUCAUUGUCGCCUUCAACUGCAUUGAGUUACCAUCUAUGACAAUGGCAUACGGUAGGUUUGAGUGUGUGCGGAGAUCCACAUUACCGAAUGCUCCCAUUCCAGUCAAGUGCAUCUCCGUCUUCUUCAUGGUCAUUACAAUUGCGGCGUACCUUUGGCUGCCGAAAUUCAGAUCCCUACACAGCAAGUGCUGCAAUCUGUACUUCAUCAGCUUGGCGGCCACCUUUUUACUGAAUGUCAUCAGCGUGUUUGGGAUAUUUGAGCUGAGGACUCCUAUUUGCUAUCUCACCGGAUAUGUUGGAUACUUCACUGUAAUGGCUACUUUUCUCUGGCUUUCCGCCAUAAGUUUCGAUGUUUGGAGAAGAUUCGCGAUGCGAAAGUUCCACGAUUUCUACCAGAACAACAGGAGCACUUUCUUUAACUACAAUAUUAUCGUUUGGAGCUCUGCUGGACUCUUGACGUUUGUAAUUUUUUUGGUGGAUCAAUUUGUUGAAACAACUGAAGAGAAUCCAUAUAAUCCUGCAGUGGGAGUAUAUUAUUGCUGGAUAUAUACCAAUGGAUGGUCCGCAAUGUUUUAUUUUUACGCACCGCUGGCGAUUUUAAUAAUUCUGAACAGUGUUAGUUUUUUCCUAACAACCCGAUACAUUUAUGUGGAGAACAAACAAAAUCAGAAAGUGCUAAAUAAAAGCGAGCGGCAAAAGCUUUCCAGGAACCAUGCUAACUAUCGAAUUUAUUUUCGCCUGUUUAUCAUAAUGGGCGGAAGUUGGAUUCUCGAAAUCAUUGCCUUCAUUUGCGAGAUGGAGAAUAAGUGGAUGCCCUUAAUAGCCAUUAACGAUUAUUUAAACUGCAGUCAGGGAAUAAUAUUAUUUAUAGCCACAUUCUGCAAUAAGGAAAUGUUUAGGUUAAUACGCAAGCGCAUCCGAAAUCCAAAUAUUACUUCCGUAGACUUGACCAGUACGAGUCGUCCUGUGGAAUCUGAGAAAAUGGUCGACGUGGAAUUAAGGAAAUGAGCUAAAUUAAGCAACUGAUUUGCCUUAUAUUUGCCAGUACUUCAUUAGUGGAC